UGAGAUAAUGGCAAAAAUAACAGACGCUCAGUGUUACCAUACUAGGGGUGUGGCGAUCUCUCUCAUUUGCUCCUCUCUCUCUCUGAUGAUAAACUCAAUGGGGUUGUCUAUUUUUAACCUCCUGUUCUUUCCUUUUGGCAGUGUGAGCCGAGCUCUUGCCCUGAAUGAAUCCAAGUAACCCCAGUGGUUGCCUUCUGAAGUGACCGGCAGACACGCAUCUGUACAGAAGCUGCCCAAAGUAUAAACUCUGGUUCUAAAGUGCCAUGUCCAGCCAAGGAAGUCCUAGCGUGGAGUCUUCUACAACAACCAUCAGUUCAGUUGCUGUGCAGGCUGGGGAUUCCAAAAUCGUUAUAGCUGUCAUAAAGUGUGGCAAAUGGGUACAACUUCAACUGGCUGAAUCACAGCCCAAUCUUCUAGAAAUUGGUAGCAACCAAGAUGAAACCAGAAAACUUCUACAUGAUCAUGAACUUCUCUUGGCCAAGCUCAAGGCGUUGGAAGAUCGGGUAUGGGAACUCUUGCAGGAAGCAGACAAGACAGCUGAAGAGAACAAGGACCAGAGUCAGGUCUAUGACGCCAUGGCCAAUACGCUGGGUGAAGCAUGGGCAGCCCUGGUCUCUAUGCUUGAAAGGAGAAGGGAGCUCCUCAGGUUGACCUCCGAAUUUUUUGAAAAUGCCCUGGAGUUUGCUAUUAAAAUAGACCAAGCUGAAGAUUUCCUCAAGGACACUCAUGAGUUUGAGAGUGCUGAAUCCUUAAAGUCACUUCUUCAGCUUCAUGAACAUCAUACAAAAGAACUCUUAGAACGAUCUCUAGCCCUUUUAAACAAAAGUCAACAACUCACUGACUUCAUAGAAAAGUUCAAGCAUGAUGGACCUCACAUGAUUCCUGAGCUUAUUCAUGGAGCUCGUAGCAGCUGUCUGAAGAUUGACAGCCUUCUUGAACUUCUUCAAGACAGAAGAAGGCAACUAGACAAGUACCUAAAGCAGCAGUGGCAAGAAUUGAGUCAAGUUCUGCAGAUAUGUCAGUGGGACCAACGAGAAAACCAGGUCACUUGUUGGUUUCAGAAAACUAUGAGAGAGUUACAGGAGCAAAGCGUAGGUUCAUCACUUUCAGACAAUGAGAAGCUAAUUCGUAAACAUGAGGAACUGAUGAUAAAGGCAAAGGAAUGGAAUUCCACUGCUGAAAAGCUGAAGAGUGAGGCACUGGAGUUUCUGCUGUCAAAGGACCACAUGGAGAAACAACAUCUACACCUCUCUAAUCAGAAAUUGAAUCGACUCCAAGAAGAAUUUGGUCAACUGAUGGUGGAAAGAAAAACCUGGUUAAAAAAGGCGAAUGAUUUUUUUAACAGUGCUAACAAGGCAUUUGAUGUACUUGGAAGAGUUGAAGCUUACCUUAAGCUCCUUAAAUCUGAGGGUUUAAGUCUGUCUGUCUUGGCAGCAAGGCAUGAGCAAUUACACAGGGAAAUUAAAGACUGCACAGCUGAUGCUUUGCAAAAGGGACAAACCUUAAUCAGCCAAGUCAACUCCUGCAGUGCUCGAGUAACUGGCGUCUAUGACAUGAUGGGAUGCAUUCAGAGACGAGUGGAUCAUCUGACCAAACAGUGUUCAGCGCACAAGGAGUUCGCUUUUAAGAAACAGCAACUAACAGCUUCAGUGGAAGGUUACCUGAGGAAGGUGGAAACGUCAAUUCAGAAAAUCAGUGCGGUACUUUCCAAUGCAGUGGAUGUCAAUUCUAGCCUUUCUGACUCAGAGAAGAUUUUGGCUAAAUAUCUGGAACUAGGUAUCCAAGCUAAGGAGAUAUCCCAUGAAUUAGAAACAGCUACGAAAAUCAUGACAGAGGAAAAUGAAUCUGAACCUGAUGAAGUUGCAUUGCUUUCUUCUAAAGCUAAAUGGCUACAAAUAGAAUUAAACAUACUUGAUCAAAGCAUCGACUCCAGGUCACGGAUCCUGCAAAGUUACGUGGCAUUUCUGAAGUCAUCAGAGGAGGUAAAGGAACAGUGUCAGAGCCUAAAGGAAUUUUAUCAAACUGAAAUCUCUCAGAAGAAAGAGGAGGAUGCUAAAGUCAAAGAUUGGCCUGACUCAGAUGAGAAGCGGUGGCAGCUAUUUUUAAAGAAGAGUUUUUUAACCCAAGACCUAGGGAUUGAGCACCUUAAUUUAAUAAAUAUGGCAAAAGAGAACGAGAUACUAAAUGUGAAAAAUGAAAUGCUCAUUAUGGAGAACACUCUGGAAAACCAGAAGGCUGAAAGGGAAGAACUUAGUUGCCUUCGGCUGGCAUGGCAACUUAAAGCCACUGGAAACAAGCCCGUGAGACAACAGUGGGCAGCAUUCAAAGAGAGACUUAAAAAGACUACUCACAACUCAAAACUUCUUCAAGAGGUACUAAUGCCUGUGUCUGUACUUGACCUUGGAGGGAGCCUCCAGACCAUUUUAGAGCUACAAAAAAAAUGGAAUGAAAUGAAGCCUCAAUUCCAGCAACUGAAUGAUGAGGUUCAGUAUAUUAUUAAAGAAUCAGAAGAAUUAAGCAGCAAAGGAGCCUCUGUGAAAGAGAAGUCUCAACAACUGAAAGACCUUCUUUUUCUCCAUCAAAAGCAGAAAGAGAGAAUUCAAGAUUAUGAGGAUAUCCUAUACAAGACAGUCCAAUUCUACCAAGUCAGGGAGGAGCUGGGACGUCUCAUCAAAUCCAGAGAAAUGGAGUUUACGGAGGAGCCAGAGGAACUGGGUGAUGCUCAGGGUAUCCAGAUUUACCUCAGCCGCUCUCAAGAAAAGCAGGCACACAUAAAUCGUCUCUGUACACUGGCCCUUUCCCUAGGAGUGGAUAUCAUCUCUUCAGUGCAGCGGCCUAACUGCGCGAAUGUCUCUGCGAAGAAGGUACAGCAACAUCUGGAGACCCUUGAGGAAGACGGCAUGAACUGGCGUGCCAAAGUCAAGGAGCAUGAACGGGCCCUGACCUGUGACUUGGAGUACUGCAUCACAAGAGACGAGAUAAAUGAGCUCAAAGAGUCAUUCAAAGAUAUUAAAAAAAAAUUCAACAAUUUGAAAUUUAAUUAUACUAAGAAAAAUGAAAAAGCUCGGAACCUGAAGGCUCUUAAAUAUCAAAUUCAACAAGUUGAUAUGUAUGCAGAAAAAAUGCAGGCUUUGAAAAGGAAAAUGGAAAAAAUUGAUAAUAAAACUUCUGAUACUUUCUUAAAUUAUCCAAGAAAUAAGCUUAAAGUCCUUUUGGAAGCUGUAAAGGAUUUGCAAAAACACGUGGAUGACUUUGACAAAGUUGUGACGGAUUACAAGAAGAAUUUGAACCUGACUGAGCAUCUCCAAGAAAUGAUAGAAGAGUGUCACUUUUGGUAUGAAGAUGCGAUUGCCACAGUUGUAAGAGUUGGAAAAUAUUCCACAGAGUGCAAGACAAAGGAAGCUGUGGCAAUUCUUCACCAACAGUUCAAUAAGUUUAUCACACCCUCAGUGCCUCAGCAAGAAGAAAGGAUUCAGGAGGUCACUGACCUUGCUCAGCGCUUAUAUGGUUUAGAGGAAGGGCAGAAAUACACUGAGAAAAUAGUGGCAAAACACAAAGAGGUUCUUGAAUCCAUUACUGAAUUAUGUGGGUCUCUCACAGAACUUGAAGACAAACUGGAGCAGGGAGACAUUGUGAAGAUGAAUCCAAAUUUGGAGGACUUCCAUGAUGAUUGCAUUGACCUACUAAAGGAACCAACGAGAAAUAAAGAGCCAAUGCUCAAUGAGGAAAAAAAUAAGGAGCAGGCACAGGUGGCAGAUAUUUUGGCCAUCAAUGGAACAGGGCAAGAUCAGCUUCCAUGGGACCUAGAGCAGCCAUCCUCUGCCAAAGAAGGCAACAUCCAGAGCCUGCUCCUGCCUGAAGACACACUACCAGAAGAGGAAUAUGACUGUGUCUCACCUGAUGACAUUUCCCUGCCUCCACUCCCGGGAAGCCCUGAGUCCCUCCUUGCACCAUCUGAUGCAGAGGUGGACCCUCCCAGCUCUUCCCUCAGCCUUCACAUAAGCAGCUAUGAGAUGCAGACUGUCACCAGCUGUCCAGAGGAAGCCCAGGAAUCUGUUUUCCCACCACCUGUUGCUUUUGCUGAUGCAUGCAAUGAUAAGAGAGAAACAUUUUCAAGUCAUUUUGAGAAGACUUAUCCCCAAUUUAAAGCUGAACCCCCAUUAACUUCUGGAGGAUUUCUGGAAAAGAGUACUGUCAUACACACUAUCAGUGCUGAACAUCCAGAGAGCAUGCUGAGUGAAGUGCAUGACAGAGGUUUACAGCAGGACCCUCGGGCUCAGGGAAGUUUGCUAGAACCAGUGGAAAAAGUGCAUGCUGAUAAUAACGAAAAAAUGCAUGCUGAUGAUAACAUCACUAAAACUCGAGAUAGGCUGCAUGCUUCCCUGGAUGCCUUCUCAGGCCUCCGGUUUCAAUCAGUCACCAGCCGAGGUUACCAGAGGCAAAUGGUUCCCCAAGAAGAAGUUAAAAGCACAUCAGCAAAGAACAGUGUGGUCAGCCUCACUGGCCAGGCACCCAAUUUCUCCAGACUCCUGUCUAAUGUAACUGUCAUGGAAGGUUCUCCAGUGACUUUGGAAGUUGAAGUAACCGGAUUUCCAGAGCCUACACUGACAUGGUACAAGAAGGGCCAGAAAUUGUCUACAGAUGGGCACUUACAGGUUUUGCACAAGGAGACGAGGCACUCGGUGUUCAUUCCGAAGGUAUGUGAGGCCAAUGCAGGUCUCUAUGUGGCUGAGGCCCAAAACUCUAGUGGCACUCUCUCUUCCAGUGUCAUCCUGCAUGUGACAGGUACCUGCAGGCCGCCAAUCACAAGGAUAAACUGGAUAAUUUUAUGUUUCAUCUAUGUUAGUGUGUCCCUAAUGUACUGGAUACUCACCCAGUAACUGGAUGGAUGUCAUUCUUAUGAGCCUACAGGACUAAACGUUUUAUUUUCCUGCACCUCACACCAAGGGGAGCCCCAUUCUGGCCAUCUUGCUUGUUUGGCUAAUAACAUAGCUAGGUAACUGAUCAAAUUUUCUUUAGUGCUUAAUGUAUUUGAGGAGCUUGGUAAGUUAUUUGCAGUAGAUAUGUAUAUAUUUUUGUACUCUAGAAAGGUGCAUUUGAUAUAAUGUGAAGCAAAAUUACAUCAUGCUUAUUCUCUCCUGAUUUAAGGGGAUGCAGAUGAAGGCUUGCAUCAGCAUAGAGAUGUAAACUAAAUUUCAAAUACAAUUAUUUGAUCAUUUACUUUUAAUUGCAUUCAUAAACAUCUCUUUGUAAAGAAUAACUGUAAAAAUAUUCAACUUAAGUUGUAAUUUCAUGAUUGCGUUAGCUGUCUUAUAAUUUUGUUUUUCAUGUCUUGAUCUUAUUUACUGAAAUACAUUCUAUGUAGUUUCAGCAUAAACUACCAUCCAGAAUCUGAGGGGGGUCAUUGUAAAUAAUCAUUCCUCAAGUUUAUGUCAUUGGUCUGACAUUGGAGACCAGAUGUGCCAUCAAGUGUCAGUAGAGUUUCAGUCCUCUGUCACCUCUUCAUGGACACAGACUGCAAUAAUGGACCAACAUUAUUCUUAUCAUUCCAGUGAUGUGUUUUGGGCAGCCAUAUAAACAACUACAACCAGACCCUCCUGCUUCUAAUCUUGAGUGAUCUGCUGACUAUUUUUAUAGUAUAUGGCAAGGCAUCUCACUGCCUCAGUUUCCUAUCUGGAAAAUGGGCUCAUUAUCUACCUCUUGGGCAGUGAAGGAUUUUCAUUUCACAUCUUGUAGAUCUAGAAUACGAGAAGCAUUCUAUGAAGACUAAUGAUAAUUAUGUCAUUCAAUGUCAUUUUAUCAGCCUCUUGCCCA